AUGCACAUAUUUACGACUUGCUUGGAAUUUAACAGUUUUCUAGCAGGUGUGACAGUAAUUACCCUUUCCAUACUAAAUCUAACCCGUAUAUUGAUCGAAUCCCCUUUACCCUCAUCCCAAUCUCCGUCCGAGUCCACAUCCGAAUCCAUACCAACUUUCGAGAGAUACUACUGGCUAAGUUUCGAAAUUUUAUCCGGACUGUACACAAGUCUAAUCGCUACGUUCCUUCUAAUGACCGGUCAACGUUUUUACGAGAAAUCCAAACGUCGCAACUUUCUCUUUAAAUUCACAUUCCUAUCUGUAGUGGCCAUGAUUAUUAUCCACUCUUUGUUCACUACAUUGCUGUUGAACUCCGACGAGGGAACGAGAGCACGGCCGAACUUUCGCGCAUAUAUAAUACAAGUAUUGUUGGGCAUGUUGGUUAGCAUGAUGGGAUUUUUUUACGCAUUUACGCCGGUUCUGAGAAGCUUACAUCGCGUUAAUGCUAGCAAUAAUACCACCAAUAUCGUCACUAUCAUUAUGAAUAAAACUACGCAGUCGCCGCCUUUGUCGCCACGUCCUCUUCAUUAUUAUCAAACCGAGACUGGGCGACAUAGUAGCAUUAUUACAGCAAAUAGACAUAACAACAAUAGGUAUAGUAAUAAUAGUAAUAAUAGACAUAGUAAUAAUAGAGCCAAUACAAUCAUAAAUUCGAGGAAUAGAAGUAACAGCAACAUAAGCAACUCCUCCACCACAACAUCCCGUUACCUAAAUCCCCAAAAUGCAGCAGUCGGAAUCUGGUACAUGAGUACAAUCGGGGUGCUAGCACUUCUCUUCGCUACUUUCUAUUCCAUAAUAUUCGGGCUGGAUAAGGACCGAUUACCCUACCUCCCGACUUGUAACGCCAUCGAUUUCCUAUUGCGCACGGGUGUGCUGAUGGUUUAUGGGGUGCCGCCGUCGAAACGUGUCCUGGCGAUGUUGAUGGGCCAAAUGGUUGACGUUGAUGAAAUUAUUGAGAGUGACUUUGACGAUGAGUUCGAUGAGGAACAAGCUAUUAACGGAACCGAUGGUGGGGACAGGGAGAUAGGAAAGUAA